AUGGACAACGCUCCUUCACACAUUGUUGCUGACCUGGAACUCACCAACAUCACGGUCCAGGUUCUUCCUCCUAAUACGACUUCAAAGGUCCAACCCAUGGAUGCUGGGAUUAUUGCCGCAUUCAAGAGGCACUACCGCCGGCUGCAUCUGCAGAAUGCCUUGGACCGUGACGAGCGCGGAGAAACCAACCUUUACAAGGUUGAUCAGCUCACGGCCAUGCGUUGGUCGCUGGCUGCGUGGAGCGAGAUUUCCAGUGCCACAAUCGCCAACUGCUUUCGUCAUACGGGACUCAUGGACGGUCCGGCUCUGCCGACUGGUGGGGGUAAAACGAAGCCGGCACUGUUGGCCAGCAGGCCCAGCAGGAGGCAGCAGCUGCUGCAGUAG